UUUAAUGUAGAAAUUACAUUUGUUUUUCCGUAGUAUUAGAAUAAUUUUUAUCAGUGUUGGUAAUUUUACAAGCACAAGCGCAAAUGAUAAACAUUACAAGGAACCUCUUAAAGGUUUGGUGUUAAUGGGUCUUACUGGCAGUCUUACAAAUGGGGCUGUGGGGAGCGUAAGACAAAAUAAGCAAGCACUGCUCUAGAAUGUCAACACAGCCCUAGCUUGAAGUUAUGUGUGUGCAUGUCUGGUCGUCUCAGUUGUCACCUUGUAGUAAAAUUGUUUAAUCUCCUGGCUCAGCAAUAUAUCACUUACAGUUCAAUCAAGGUAUCAUUACAUUAAGAUUUAAAGUUCCUCUCAGAAUAAAAGGCGAUGUAUUUUCCAUUAACAUAUUUGAUGGAUCUUUCCAUUGAUUUGGCCAGCCCUUGCAGUUUCCAUUAAAUUAUUCCAUUUCCUCAAAACGUAAAAGUUACCACCUGUUAUAUUUUUUUCCCUUGUUCUAGUGUGUUUUUAAGCUUAUGUGGUGAGCAUGACUUUGCUUACAGUUUUUGCAUAUUCAUUUUUAAAUAUCAUAUAAUACACUACUUGCUUUAUACUGUUAAACUUGAGGUGACAGCCAUUUUCUGGGUAGAAAGAUAUGCUUGGUGGAAACUCCCACGUUCAAGCAUCAUUUCCUUCUUAGAGACAUCAAAGAUCUGACUGAGUUGGCAGUAAAAGUAAAAGAAAAAAAAGAAAGAAGAUGAAGUAAAGGCUCAUUCAGAUUAGCUGAUGGUAAGACUGACAGGGAGAGAGGUCUAGUGUGAAGUCAGUAUAACAACACAAUAAAAAAAAAACAACAACAACAGACAAAGCAGGAAACAGGCGGAAGAGAAAGCCUAUGUUGGUUUAGCUCGACAACCAUGAGCAGCAACUUUUUUUGCGCUCUUCUCAUCCUUGCCUUCCUGGAAUCAGGCAAAUCAAACAGUGGUGUAUCUAUUAGUCACAGUCGAGAUGGAGAUGGCCAGACCAUUACCUGUGUCCUCUCAGGGGACGAAAACAUGACACAAAUCAACUGGGAGAUGCUAAGAGGCCCGAAUCGCACGAAACUGGGCACGUAUCACCCACAUUUUGGAGUUUACAUAAUGCAAGAAUAUGAGACUAAAGUAAAGAUCAAGAACAAAAAAUCUCCUCAUCCAUCAUCAUCCCUUCUCAUUAAAGUAGCAUUAAAUGAGAGCGUGCUAAUCUGUUGUGCGUUCAUAACAUUUCCUUCGGGGAAACUUGAGCAGUGCACUGAUAUCAGUAAGAAAGAUGUCAGAAUGAACACGUCUAUGAUCAAAGAUUUUACAUAUGUGGAACCAGAACCAAGGCUGGGAUUAUUUGGACAUUUGGGUGCAAUGAUCAUUGGAACUAUUCUCUCCCUUUUUAUCCUCACCAUCCUUUUCUAUUUAUGCAGAAAAAACAGCUGUAGAAGGAGGAAGUCCUUUAAAAUACGAACAUACUUGCCAGACUCACCGGCUGAGACAUUUGCUGAAGAAUCAGUUGAUGCACCAGCUUCUCAAAGUUCUGCGAAUGGCUUUGACCCCUCAAAACUUUAUGCCAAGAUCAAAAAAGACCUUUUCUAUGGCCGGCUGUGGAAGUCUUACCAAGGCCAACCCAAACCAUGGACACAAGGUACCAUGACUGAUCAAGGACACGUUUAUCACCUGUUAGGACAGAGUCCCUUACCGCAAAGAAAUGUGGAGGGCAGCCCCUUGAGGCCAGAAACAACAGAAACUACAGAACAACAUUUCAGUAGUUUUUAGUUUCCAGUCUUUCCAGUGUGAUUGAGAGGAACCUUGUCAUAUUUGGGUAAUAUAAAAUAGCUUAAAGCAGAUUGCAAUGCAUUAUAUAAAGAAAAGAAUGAAUUAAUAUUUUAAAUUAAUAUGAAAAGAAAUUAAUUAAUAUUU